AUGUUGCCUGUAUCUAUACCACGUUUUCGCUUUCGGUUUGGAUAUACAGCCCAAAAAGCGAAUCUACAGCUCAGCGGAAGUUGCUUUGUAAGUUUCAUGUCCUCGUCGGAACGUCGAAUAGUUGUAUACCGUCCACGACCCGAAAUACACCGUCCAAGACAAGAGUCAAGGAGAGACCCUGAGCUACCAUCUUAUAAUCAAUUAAGCGAGUCUCCUCCAUCAUACGAGGCAGCAACUGCUUCCACCUUCCAAAAUGCAUUCACUAUACCGGUGACGAUAGGUGCAGCCAGGACACCUCACCUCUUCCAUCAAUAUCCUCAGGCUUCGCAACAAGGCCCAAAUCAAACACGUUUUCAACUCCCGCCGAGUUUCACUUUCACACCACAGAUGCAACAGGCUUUGGCACCACUGCGAACACCACAACCAACAGCUGUCGCUCCAACGACCCCAUCUCCAACAGCAAUGGCACAACCGGUCUACAUCCCAGCAUACAACUACGUUUCGCCGCACUAUCCAUAUGGUGUCCAUCCAGCCUCAGCUUUGGGCACUCAUCCUCAAGCCAUCGUCAUGCCUUAUCCUGCCACCUACCCGUAUGUUCAAUACCCGCCAGUCUACUAUCCGAGUUACUAUUAUCCUGCAACUGCUGCGUAUCAGCCUUAUGUCAUUUACCCGCAGUACUACGUUAGAUCGACGACCUAG